GCCCGACCGAAAAAGCCUCACAAUUGCCUCCAAGCUGUCUUCCUUUUAUUUGCUUCGGCGAACCCUCUUCUCUUCUCCUGCUCACUCUUUACUAUACCCUCGAACUCACUUUCCACGCCUCAAUUGCCUCUGCACACCCUCUAGACCAUUCUAUAACACCCCACGUAGCAAAAUGGGCGAAAUCGUUCACCCCACCAUCCAAGAUGGCUGGUUCCGCGAGAUCUCCGACAUGUGGCCUGGGCAGGCCAUGACCCUCAAGGUCAAGGAAGUCCUCCACCACGAGAAGAGCCAGUACCAGGACGUCCUCAUCUUCGAAUCCACCGACUACGGCACCGUCCUGGUGCUCGACAAUGUCAUCCAGUGCACAGAGAGAGACGAGUUUUCAUACCAAGAGAUGAUCACCCACUUGGCCAUGAACGCCCAUCCCAACCCGGAGAAGGUGCUGGUCAUUGGAGGCGGCGACGGUGGUGUGCUCCGCGAGGUUGUCAAGCACGAGUGCGUCAAGGAGGCCAUCCUCUGCGACAUCGACGAGGCUGUCAUCCGCCUCUCCAAGAAGUACCUCCCCGGCAUGUCCGUCGGCUUCCAGCACCCCAAGGUGCAGACCAUCGUCGGCGACGGCUUCAAGUUCCUCGCCGACCGCACCAACGAAUUCGACGUCAUCAUCACCGACUCCAGCGACCCAGAGGGCCCGGCCGAGUCACUUUUCCAGAAGCCGUACUUUGAACUCCUCAAUAACGCUCUUCGGGAGGGUGGUGUCAUCACCACGCAAGGUUCUGAGAACCAAUGGCUGCACAUGCCCUUGAUCGCGAGCCUCAAGAAGUCCUGCAACGAGGUCUUCCCCGUCGUCGAGUACGCCUACACCACCAUCCCGACCUACCCCUCCGGCCAGAUUGGCUUCAUGGUCUGCUGCAAGGACGCCACCCGCGACGUCAAGAAGCCACUGCGGGCGUGGUCCCAAGAAGAGGAGGAGAAGCUGUGCAAGUACUACAGCAAGGAGAUCCACGAGGCUUCGUUCGUGCUUCCCACGUUCGCUCGCAAGGCUCUGCGGUAGGGAUCACUAUCUACAGGGCUGCCAAAUGGCAUUCCGAGCUUCAUUUGCUUGGAUACAGCUUCUCCCCUAGUGCUUGGAGCUGUGGCACGUACUCAGUUCUUCUGGCUAUCUACUUUACGAUUUAUACCAUAUGGAGUUCUUUGGAAAAGACAAAAGUUUUUGAUCUCAUUUUACACUCUCAUCUAUGCAUGCGCUGAAUUGAAAACUCACACACUUCCUACAGAAGUCUCGCUCAGAGCUUUUUUCGCCAAGACCAAGUGGCCAGUUGAAUCUACGUGCUGGAGACUAGGUUUUAGAUACUGAGAUCAGGAGUGCCUUCUAUCCUUUAC